AUGACGUCCGCUAUCCUCGCACCGACCAUUGCGCUGAACAGCUACCUGAGCUCGACGUUCAUUCCAACUCUGCCGCUCCCUCUGACUGCCGUGCUGCAUGCAGCGCGAGUCUCCCUGGCUUACCGAGCCAUCCGAGCUCGUGUCAGGGCCACCUAUGGCGCUAGGGUCGAAGGCAACGAAGCUAAAGAUGGCUGGAUCCUCGAUAUUGCCGGCUUCCUGGUGAUGUCCUGGGGUGGUUCCUUCCUCACUUCUUACCUUUCCGGCAACAUCCCCCUGCAACUCCUUUCCGUCGCCCCUCUGCUCACCUACGUCGGCGUUCACUUCUACCUGACCAUCCUCCUCUCCUACAUUCCCGUCUCUGCCGUCUGGCUCGACACCCUUAUGCCCCUCAUCGACGGCGCGACGCGUACCAUGGCCGUGGUAGGAGGUGUGACUUUGGCCCGUACGAACAUGAACCCCCUGGCAGCCCAGAGUCUCCUCUUCCAGAUCAUCCUCGGCACCAUCGGAGCCUGUGGUGGUGGUCAGCUGGCCGGUACGCUCAACGUCUUCAACCCAGACCUGGUGGGCUGGUCCUUCUCGACUCCUCCUAUCCUCAAGUCGCGUAACCUCCUGGAGGCCAUCGACGUCAUUGCUGCCGUCCUGGGAUCUCUUACCUUCUCCAUUUUCACCGGCUCUCACCCUGCUUGGACCCCCCUGCUUGCCCGGGCAGGCCUGGUAGACCCGUCCAAGUACACCAGGAAGAUCUUCCACUGGUCGGACGCAGAGGGCAAGGCGGCCACGACCCUCGUCAUUGCCGCCUGCUUUGCCUACCGGGCUCUCUUGACUCAUUGGUCUACUCUGGCCCCCAAGAGCGUCGGGCAGAGGGUGGAGAUUGAGCAGAAGAAGGAGAAGAAGGGAGUCAAGAGUGCAGCCAUUGGUGGAGGUAAGGGCGCCAAGUAG